UGAAUUAAAUAAUCCUGAACUAGGCGAAGACGAACAAAGUAAUUCGGAUGUUACCUCUGAUAGUUGGGAAAAUUGGUUAGAUAAUUGGGAACAAAUAUUGGAGAACGAGGAAACUGCAAGAUUAGAAGAAGAAGAG